CAGAGAUCAAACCACACAAACGUUGAGUUGAACCAACCAACAUAUAAAAGUAAAAUGAAGAUCUAUAUAUUAGUCUAGUAAAUGUCCUUUUAAGUAGCACAUUAUUCCGACGAUGUUUUAAACGUUAGCAAAGUUAGGAAGUGCAUGAACGGACAUCGACAUGUCAACAUUAGAGAAGAGCAGAAAAGCAGAGGAACAUGAAUCAACAAACCUUCCCAUUUACCAGCACAGAGACAAACUCGUUCGGGCCGUUAAGGAAAACACGUUUCUGGCCGUAACGGGUGAAACUGGCAGCGGGAAGACCACUCAACUGCCGCAGUACUUAUAUAAAGCAGACUUUUGCAGGCAUGGCAGAAUUGGUGUGACUCAGCCCAGGAGAGUUGCGGCCAUCACUGUAGCCCAGAGGGUGUCUCAAGAGAUGGGUGUCAGGCUGGGUGAAGAGGUGGGAUACCAAGUGCGCUUUGAUGACUGCUCGACAAAGGACACUGUGAUUAAAUACAUGACAGAUGGGUGUAUGCUGAGGGAGAUUCUGGCAGACCCCAGUUUAAAACAAUACAGCAUUGUGAUCCUGGAUGAAGUCCACGAAAGGAGCUUGAACACUGAUGUUUUGCUUGGGUUACUCAAAAAGACUCUGUCAAAAGGGUACCAUGGGCGUAAAACACCCCUGAAAGUGGUUGUGAUGUCAGCAACAUUUGAAACGGAGAAGCUAAGCUCUUUUUACGGGCACUGUCCCGUUUACACCAUUCCUGGGCGUACCUAUCCGGUGAAGGAGAAAUUCUGCAAUCUGAUUGGUCCAAAAGACAAAGAUAGUACUGUCUAUGUCAAAGAGGUGGUGAAGGUGGCUUUAGAUGUGCAUUCAAAUGAGGCUGCUGGGGAUAUUCUGGUCUUUCUCACUGGACAGUCUGAAAUCGAGAAAGCCUGUGAUUUGCUCUUCGAGAAAGCUGAGAUCUUUGACUACCGUUAUGAUAUUCAUGACCGGUCAGUUGAGGGGCUUCUUGUUCUGCCUUUGUAUGGAUCCAUGCCAACAGAUCAGCAACGGCACAUCUUUCAGCCUGCACCAAAGGGUGUGAGAAAGUGUGUGGUUGCAACCAACAUUGCUGCAACUUCACUGACGAUUAACGGAAUCAAAUAUAUUGUUGACAGUGGAUUUGUAAAGCAGCUAAACCACAACUCAAGGGUUGGACUGGAUAUUCUAGAAGUGGUGCCUAUUUCAAAAAGCGAGGCUCAGCAGAGAGCGGGCCGGGCUGGAAGAACCUCUGCGGGAAAAUGCUUCCGAAUUUACAACAAGGAUUUCUGGGAUACAUGCAUGCCAGAGUACACCAUUCCAGAGAUUCAGCGCACCAGCCUUACAUCUGUUAUCCUAACGCUGAAAUGUCUUGGAGUUCAUGAUGUGAUUAGAUUUCCAUAUCUUGACUGUCCAGAGGAAAGGUUCAUCCUGACUGCUCUUAAGCAACUGUAUCAAUAUGAUGCUAUUGAUAGGAGAGGUGAAGUGACCAAGCUGGGGCGACUGAUGGUAGAGUUCCCCCUUCCUCCCAAUCUCACCCGUGCACUUCUCAAAGCUGCUGCUUUAGGGUGUGAAGAUGUCAUGCUGUCAGUAGCCGCCAUGCUCUCGGUGGAGAAUAUCUUCAUUCGACCAGGUAAACCUGACGGACAAAAGGAAGCUGAGAUCAGACAUAAAGAGAUAGCAGCUUGUGCAGGCGGCUCGAAUGAUUUCCUCAUGCUGCUCUGUGUUUUUGAGAAGUGCAGAGCAAGUGACAAUCCAUCCGCAUGGUGCAAAGAUCACUGGAUCCAUUGGCGAGCGGUCAAGUCUGCCUUCAGCGUCGAGACUCAGCUGAGGGAGAUCCUUUCACGUCUAAAGCAGAAGAAAGAUUUUCCACAUGAGACGUUUGAGGGCAGCAGGAGCGAGCUGUUGCGACAGUGUCUUUGUCUGGGUUACUUCACCAAUGUCGCCAGGAGAUCUUUCGGGAAAUCAUUCUGCACAAUGGAUGGACAUGGAUCCACUGUUCUCAUUCAUCCUUCAUCAUGUCUGUUUGGUCAGGAAUUGCAGUUGGACUGGAUCAUCUUCCACGAUGUGCUGGUCACCUCACGUGUGUAUGUGAGGACACUGUGUCCCAUCCGUUACGAGUGGGUGAAGGACCUGUUGCCAAAGCUGCAUGAAAUAGAUGUCUAUGAGCUGAGCAGUGUGGCGAGAGAGGAAGUUACUGAUGAAGAGAUGGCCCAGUGGGAAAAGAAAGAGGCAGCAAAACGACAAGCAGAGUCCAGUGAUGAUGCAGCAAAGAAACUGGAAAAGAGAAACGAUGAAAGCUCGGUCAAUGAGGCUCGUGCAAGAUACUUACAGCGAAAACAGAACCGGCCACAAAGAAAAGACACCUGAGAGGGAGUGAGACUGAUAUGAACACAAAUUGUGCAUCUGCUAGAUUUUUAUCUCUGAUUUCUAAACGUAAUCCCUGGUUUGUAGUCUCAGUGGUCCCCGGUGAAAUAUGAAAGACUCAAAAUCCAAGGAAGUCUAAAAUAAACGUAUUUUUAAGUCUAUUAGGUAUGUUAAUAAAUCGUGUUUUG